UGGUAAUAUUUGUGGUAAUAUUUUAUAUUAUGUGGAUGAACUCCCUUUAACACAAGUGGCCUUAAAGAUUGGGGAAACGACUAUUACGUUUAGGUGAAAUGAAAAAUGCAUCAGAAUGAAAUAUAAAUGUUUGUCUUCUUAUAAAUAAAUUGUCGUAAUGACCUUAUACGUCAAUCCACAUAAAUCUAAUGAACCAUGGACACUGUCAAUCUCAUCCCACGUUUAUCAUCGAAGAUGGAGAAUCGUCAAUCCUUUUUUUAAAAUCGAUCCUACGAUAUAACACAUUUAUCAUCGAUUUAAUUUAUCGAAAGAUCUCACGUCUUUAAUGGGUAACCUUCUCACAGUUUCUAUUUCCGUUUUAUUCACAAGAUAUUUCUCGACAAUGACGGUGAACAUUUGUAAGAGAUAAGAGAAAAGUACUUUGCUUUGCUUUGUAUUUCCAUGAUGAACCAACUUGAUUUCUAAUCAAUUUCAACUUUCGUUCUACAUAAGUGGAAACUUUGUAUGUGUUGUUGUUGUCGUGCAUACAAUGAAACAGAUAUCGCGUGUCAUAGUUUUAAUCAAAUUAAUAGAUAUUCAAAUUAAUGAUAAAUCCUGUUGCAUUUCAUUGCAUAAUAGGUAACAGUACGAAAUAUAUUUAUUUUUUGACGAAUGUUAAACAUAUUCAUCCAUCCGACACGUUUAACAAAUAGUUUGAAUCAUUGUUUAAUCAGAAUUGUACUGUUUUUUUAUUAAAAAUUCUUAGAAAGGUUCUUCUCGUUAGAAAUAUAUAUAUACUUGUAUAUAUAAAUGUAUAUCAAAAGAGAUAGAUAAAGAGAUAAGCAUUAUCACAGUAAGGUGUGUGCACGUUGGAGAGAAAAGUGAGUCAAUUUGAACGUCUAUUCAGUUGACAAAAUAGUGCGUGAUGCUCUCAUUGUUUCACGAUUAAUACAUCUAAUUAUUAUAGAUAAAAAUUUAUAAUUUUACAACGAUGAUAGCAAUUAUCAGACAACUUGUCUUUUGUUUCGUUGGUAUUGAAUUGUUCUUGUGUUCAGCUGAAAGUAUAAAAAAACCACAUGGAACUGCGUUGUUCGGUGAACCAUGCGAAAGGGAUUACCAUUGCAUCGAGAAUGCAUUUUGUCGUGGUCAAAGUAUAUGUCAAUGUGAACAACAUUAUUCACCGAAUCCCGAGAAAACGGCUUGUCUAGCAACAGUCGGAUUAAGUUGCAAGGAUGAUUCUACUUGUGCAACCAUGUCAAAUGCAGUUUGUCGUCAAAACGUGUGUACUUGCAAAGACGAGUUCACAUUGGAUAUCAACAAUUCGUCUAAUUGUAUGAAAAGGCCAUCGAGGGAAGGUGACGUUUGUCAGAGAAGGGACGAAUGCGAAGAAGCUAUGGAACGUGCAAUAUGCAUCAAUAAUAAAUGUCAUUGCAUCAAUAGUUUUCGUUUCGUUAAGGAAAUCGGCAAAUGCAUUGCAGCUCGCAAUUUAUACAAUUCGUGUAGCAAAGAUUACGAGUGUUUCCUCGAUGGUAAACCAAAUAUUUUACAAUGCAAAAAUAACGAAUGCGUUUGCAGGGACAACGAUUUGCAUUGCAACACAGGUUCGUUCGUUGCAGCAACGAUAGGACUAAUCGUAUCGACGCUAAUCUUAGCACGGACAGCUUAAUAUUGAUAAGAAUUCAUUGUACAAUAUUCGAAAAACAGAACAAUUUUAUGUAUAAACAUU